AUGCCAGGCAAGAAGGCCCCGGCUGCCGUCAAGAGUGCUUCGAAGCCCACCAAAAAGGCACAGCAGUCACCCAUGAAGGCAGCAAAGAACCAGGCCCAGACCAAAGCAUCCCCCAGCACCAAGCCCAGCACAAGCAAGACCGUGGAGAGGAAGGACGUCAGUAGGUUUCUCAGCGGCCUGGGCUACAAAGCCACCACCAAGGCCGAGGAUGCCACCCAUGCCCAGCAGCUGCUGCAGGAUGCUUGGUGUGGAUUUUUCGAAGGGUCUUUUGCCGAAGCAUUUGGGAAAAAGAACUUGGUGGCCACAUACAUGGAGAAAGGCGGGAUAAAAAACUUAGAGUGGGUGCCCAGCUACUUUGAGUCCUCCGAGACGCUGAACACAGAUUUGGUGGAAGCAGAAAAAGGGUAUUACACGGCGGCGAAGGUGCUGAGCUUCCAGGGCUUUGUCGUGGGCCAAAACCUGGCCCCGGACAGAUCCAGUGCUGUCCUGCAGGCACUCUUGGAAGAGAAUUGGCAGGCCAAUGGCUUGGACAAAAACGAUCCCGAACUCGCGCAGGAGAACUCGGCAUGCCCCGAGCUCAAGAAGUACUUUUACAUUCACUCUGUCCAGAAGGAUAUCGCUGCGAGCACACACAAGACCUCCUUGCACCAGAGCGCCGACUUGAAGCACCAGGGCCUAAAGGCCGUGCUGGACAAGAAGGGCUCCGAUGGUCCUGCAGUGAAGCUGGAAAACCCGGGCUUCACAGAGCUCAAGGCCAGGCAGACUGACCUCCUCGCCGAGCUGGAGCUGAAGAACGGCAAGAACACCUACGACGAUGUCUUGAAGGAGGGCAGCAAGCACUGUGACUCGGCCGACGACUUCUUGAAGAAGUGCCGGGAUGCGAAUGGAAAGAUCAAUGGCAUGUCCUUGGAGACCCCUCCGAAAGAAGUGGAGGAGCAGCUCGACAGCACCAAUGGCAACAUCCAGAUGGCGAUCGUGCAUUGCGAGGGCCUGAAAGCAUUCAAGAAUCGACUGAAAGUGGGACGUGCAAAUGGUGAGUACACCAGAAGCAUUCAUUUCCCACGACGGCAACCAGAAGGGACGUGCAAAGGCAUUCAUUUCCCUUAA